AUGAGGCUUCCGGAGUGUGCAGCAAUCAUAGACCUCAAUGAGCAAAGUAGUGCUAUCCUUGCAAAUAAAAUUCCACCGAAGCUUAGAGAUCCGGGCAGUUGUACCAUUCCAUGCACAAUAGGUACUAGGUAUUUUGGGCGAGCAUUGUGUGAUCAAGGGGCAAGCCUAGCCGAUAGAUCUUUUACUCACCCUUUAGGUAUAGUUGAGGAUGUAUUGGUUAAAGUAGAUAAGUUCAUACUCCCGGCUGAUUUUCUAGUACUUGACAUAGAGGAAGAUGAAAAUAUUCCCCUUAUCUUAGGACGCCCCUUUUUAGCAAUCGGUAGAUCAAUUAUUGAUGUAGGAAAGAGAGAGCUAAGAAUGAGUGUGGGGGACGAAACGGUGAUCUUCAAGGUGUAUCGGGUGGAUGAAAAGCCUAUUACGGCUAAUGGAUGUUAUCUUCUUGAUGAG